AUGUGUCUCUCGAAGCAGAGGGCAAUAUCUUUCUGGACCUCGGUCAUUGAUGAGUACUUUCCGCACCAACAGCCAGAGAUGAUGCCCCCCAAGCAAAUCAUUGGGCCUUCGCUUUCGAUGCCGGAGUCGGAAAAGUCAAUCAAUUUUGAGAUGGCCGAAGCAAUCCAAAAUCAUGUUGUGACAGCCAAUGCCUGCGUGAACAAUGCCUUUGCUGUGGGAGUAUGCAAGACCAUCGGCUGCUUUCUUGGCCCACUGAAGCUUGCAGGUCGAAAGGAAGGAAGAUCAGCUGUCACUUUGAAGGAUGCACCGUAA